CCAAACUGGAAACAGAAGCAUUUCAUUUUUUAUGCUAGGAAUAAUUGGUAACAUGGGUAUAUGUAAAAUGACAGAUAUGCAGGACAAGGUUGCUCACAUGCUCAAAAUCAUUGAGGAUGAUGGAGACUCCUUUGCAAAGAGGGCUGAAAUGUAUUAUAAGAAGAGGCCAGAACUUAUAAGCUUUGUGGAAGAAACAUACCGAGCACACCGGGCGUUGGCUGACAGAUAUGAUCACUUGUCUAAAGAUCUUCAGAAUGCUAACCGCACCAUUGCUACUGUCUCUCCGGAACAAGUUCAGUUUUCCGUGGAUGAAGAAGAAGAUGAAAAUUUGAGCCGAGCAUAUACCUCUUCCCCCAGUCCUGAAAGACCACCUCUUCCGAAGUCAGGUGUCCCAAAAGUUCCAUUUCCGAAGGAAGAGUUCAGGAACUCACCUAAGCUGUUGUCAAGAAAGGGCCAAUUAAGGAGAGCUCCCAGUUCUUCUAGAGUUGCUACACCUCCAAGUUCAGGGUUGAACAAAGAUGAGGCGCUCGAGGAAAUUGACAAGCUCCAGAAAGAAAUCUUGGUGUUACAAACUGAAAAGGAAUUCAUCAGGAGCUCAUGCGAACGGGGAUGCCAAAAGUAUUGGAAGAUAGAGAACCAAAUAACUGAAAAACAGAAGGUGGUUUCCAGUUUACAAGAUGAGUUUGGCAUUGGCACUUUUAUUCAAGAUAAUGAAGCUCGAAACUUGAUGGCGACAAGAGCUGUUAAAUCAUGCCAGGAAACCUUAGUUAAGUUGCAAGAAGAGCGGCAGCAAUCAGCAAAAGAGGUAAGCAUAGAAUACAAAAGGGUCACUGAAGCACUGAAGAAGUUUCAGGCCAUCAGAACAAAGUUCCUUGCCAAAGCAGAACAGCAGGAGGAGGAUGAGUCUGUGAGUCUUGCUGCACUUUGCUGCUACCGUGCUGUUGGUGCAGCUCUCCCUUCUUCAUUUGCUGCCACUGUUGCAGCUUUGACACCACAACUCCAACAGAUUAAAGAACAGCUUGAAGUAAACUCGAACUCCUGCCUGACCAUGUCACAACUGGCAGACAAAAUCGAUGACCUUGUACAAAGGGUUGUUAACCUGGAAACUGAAGUAUUCUCUCAAAAUGGUAUGGUAAAGAGAUUAAGAUCAGAGACAAAUGAGCUUGAGGCACAAGUUCGCAGCCUGGAAGAAGACAAGGAAGCUCUGAUUGAAGGCUCAGACAUCAUGCGUGCCAGGAUGAAGGAGUUGGAAGAGGAAUUAUCUGGAGUCAAAGAUCUUGUCAAAACUGUGAUACAACAAAAUAACAACCUCAAAUCUCAAUUUACCAAGGCAAGUUGUAACCUUGAUCAUUUAUCUGUGAAAUUACAAAAUGUUAAAAUGGAUGAGGAUGACGAGACUACAGGAACAGACGAAGAAGGAAACCAACCAAACUGGAGGCAGCUGAUCUUAAACGGGUUGGAUGAUAGAGAAAAGAUUUUUCUAGAGGAAUACAGUUCUGUCCUUAGGGCUUACAAAGAUGUUAGAAAGAAGAUCAAUGAAGUGGAGCAGAAAAAUCGAGAUGAGUUCUUUGAAUUUGCAUUGCUGAUAAGGGAGUUGAAGCAUGCUGUUGCUUCUAGAGAUGGAGAGAUUUUAUAUUUGAGGCAACAAACGAGCUGCCCUCAUAAAAUUCAAGAUGAAGAUCAAGAAAGUAGAGUGACGAGGCAGGAAGGAAGCUUUGCAAGUAUGAGCCACGGAGUCAGCUUUGCAAAUUCUACUCUCUCAUCCCCAACCUCACAUCAUGAACAAAUCCUUAAUGCAUUAACUGCUCGGGGAAGCUCCUUCACAAAGGAGGAAGAAAAAGAAUUCCUAAGUCAGAAAAGGAGGAUGAAACAAUGAUGAAGAUAAAACCUGCGCAAAGUCGCCCUGUUUCAGCUGCAGAAGAAAAAAAUCCGUUCAGA